UCUUAAGUGGACUCUGGGGGAUGGUGGAGGACAGGAAGGCCUGGAGGAAUGUUGUCCAUGGGGUCGCGAUGGGUUGGACACAACUUCAAGACUAACAACAACAAACCACAUUUCAAUGUAUCUCAAAAAUCCAUGGAUUUAAAGGCCUAUUCUGUUUGAACUACAACUUGCAUUUCCCAGAGGCAUUUCAAGUUGCAUCUGUACCUCUUUGUAGUACACUGACCAGGUUCCCACAACACAAGCCACAUGUGUUAUCAUGACAUAGGAACUCAAAACUACUUCCCACAGGAUGGCUUGUUCUUGACAACAACCCAUAGCUUGUUCUAGGGAGUUGUACCCAAGAUGGGUUGUUAUGUCAUCCAAAUCUAGGAUAUCAAUCCCAUCAUGGAUAGCAAGAAUGGCAGCAACUCCUGGUGAUCUCACUGCCCAUGAAAACUGUUUCACCAAUGCUUGAGCAACCAUCACUGGUUCAUUAGGCUUUCUAAAAUACAUAUAUAAAAUUGGGCAACACAAACCAGCCAAACAAAGGUCUUCAAUUGAACUCACGUAUUUGGCAUUCCUGAACACUAAGAUAUCAGCAUGAAAUCUGAUAUGUGUUUGCAGGACACAAUUGUACAUUUCAAGUUCAAAUACCAGGGGAACCCCCACAGCUCUAUUCAAAAAGCAAAAAUGACAAAAUAAUUCUGAAUUUGCUCUGAAAACUGGGAUACCAGAAUAGAACUUCAGGUACACAAUCUUUCAUUUCAAGUUUUAUCCCUAGUUCAACUCUUAACACUGCUUUCCAAUCAAGUCAUUCACUACCAAAGCCUCUCAAACAUGAUUUAAUAGUUCUAUGGAAAAGCAAGUGCAUCUGAUAGAACUCAAACCCUAUACCAGUGGUGGUGAACCUUUGGCACGCAUGCCACAGCAGGCACACACAGCCCUCUCUGUUGGCAAGAGAGCCAAGUUGCCCCAGCAUCACCCCAGCAGUCGAGCAUCAGAUAACAGCACACAUAGGGGCCAUGCGCAUGCUUGGAAAGGAGUAGCAGCGCCAGGCAAGGAUGUCACGAGCCACAAUUCAUUAGUUGCGACUUGUCCGAGCUUUUGCAUGGCUGGUCAGUGUGCUGACAAGGAUAUACAUAUAUUGGCUUGGACUGGCUGUGAGUUGUUUUUUCUAAACUAAGACCUCAGUAUUCAGGUUUUACUGCAGUGUUGGCACUUUGCGAUGAAUAAGUGGGUUUUGGGUUGCAGGCUGGGCACUUGGUCUCUAAAAGGUUUGCCAUCACUGCCCUAUACCUUACAAAAUAGUUAUAUCAUCCUGCAUAAACUAAACAUUUUGAUAAGAAUCUACCACAAGUCCAUGUUGAGCUUUGGCUGAUACAGAUUAGGAUCUACUUCUCAUUAAAAAAUAAUUUCAGUAACUUGUUUAGAAAGUUGUGGAUGAUGAACUCUUCUGCUCAAACACUGUUUGUCAACUAUUUUUUACCAGGAUAUAUGAAAAGCUAGGUUCAAGUAUUUGACUUAUGGAGGGAAGGAUAGGGAGGCCGUUGAUGAAAUACACAAAGGCUUCCCUCCAAUUUUAACCGAAUCACGUCUCUCCUGCAUGCUUUUAAAAACAAGCCACAAGAAAAGAGAAGGGAAGAAAGUUCACCUCUGGCACUUCUGUAACUUAAGCACUGGCUGGGUUCCCUUGAAAUCCAGCUGAUGAAAAAAGACACAAGGUAAAAAUAGCACUAAACUAAAGCUAUAGAAAAUUAUAAUAUUAUUUUUAAUUUGAAUGUUUAAUUAAUUUCUCUUUAAAAAGACACUAGUGGACUUAAAACAAAAGUACUGAAACAUACACACUAGAAACAAUUUCCAUUGAAGUACCAAAAUACUGGCGCAGACCCUAAUCAAAACUACUAAUGCAUGAAAAGCCCACCAUUUGCUUUUAGAUGCCUGGAAGUUUUGACCUGAAAGGAGAAAAACAGAUGUUGCUGGUGUCAGCUGGUCCUUAGUGGGGAAAGCGUUCCACUGUUGGGAGUGGGGAGUGGGGUCACCACUGACAAGGCCCUCAUCCUUGCAGCUAUCCUCUGUAACCCCUUCUGGGAAAGCAAUCUGAAGAUAGCUCUGGAUAUUGAUUGCAAUGUGUGGGAAGCAAAAAGAAGAGCAACCUUAUCUAACUAUUUAUUUAUUUAUGCUUUGUGCCCUACCUUUCAGCAAAAAUGGCACAAAAGAUGGCUUAUGGACAUAGUUACAGUUCAUGACAGUAAUACAUUAAAAAUAACACAACAAUCACAAAAUAACAAUGUAAGUAAAAAUUAAAAACAGCACCCAACACAACAGACCCUCCUCCUGGGAAAAGACCCUUUUAGAUAAAGCAGUCUCCCUCCUAGAAAAAUGAUAGCACAGAGGAAGCAAAACCAGCCAGCCUUGGGAAGGGGCUCCACAGUCUGGGAAUGACUCUCAAAAAGGCACUCUCUCGGGUCACCACCAACUGCACCUCUGAAUCAGUGAUGUGGGUUUUCAAGAAAUUAAACAUGAAAAUGUCGCAGUGUCCUAAAUAAUUUGGUAUCUGAUUUAGCAAAUUUAUCUUAUAUUUAGUAAAUACAACUUUAAAAGUUCACCAAUUAUAUGUGUUGUGUACACACACACACACACACACACACAACAAACAUUUUUCCAUGAGCCCUCAAUAGUUGAAAUGAAACGUUUGCUUGGGAGGCAGGGGGUGAGAGAGAAAAAGCACUCCGUACGGGUAAUAUGCUACUUUUUAAAAAAUCCAGUGCUUUACUGGGAUAUUAUUUUUAUUAUAAACCCUAGGGAUAUUUUAAGACAGGCCAUCUCUGUAACACUCAUUUCCCUUACACUGUUUACACUUAAAGAAAAGAAUCCAGGCACUGAAAACUGUUAAUAUACUAAUUUUAACCAAAGAGCUGUGCAUGAUAUGCCACGGUUGUCCCUUAAUCUAUUCCAGAGUGAAUUUCACCGAGGCCUGGGAAUGGAAAAUUUCCUGUGGAAAAAAAAUAGUACUAGAAAAUUUUCCAUUACAGAAAAUUUUCCACUCCACAUCACUGCUAAACACACAGAGCACUCACUACUUCAUUUCUUUUGAGAAGCUUAGGCAGGCUGGAAGUCUUUGAAUCAAACCCUGUUCAGAUUUUAAGAAACGACUUUCAGCUUUAGCUUAAUUUUGAAAUAGUCAUAAUGCCUAACCAGAAAACUGGUGUGUGGCAUCACUACACUGAAACCACUGAAGGAAAGAAGAUAAUAGGUCAAUGUAAAUACUGUGGCCAGACAUAUGCAAAUAAUGCAACAAGAAUGAAAAGACAUCUGACAAUAUGCAAAAAAUGUCCAGAAAGAGUACAAUCUUCUUACAAGAAGCUACUACAGUUAAGUGCUGGAACAACCUCUGGGAAAAGUCUACUUCAGGAAUUAAUCGAAUUUGGGAACUCAAGUGAAGCAACAAUUUUUCCAAAAGUGAACACUGAAAGUGUUAAGCUGCCAGCUCUGGGGAAAGUAGAAGCAGGGCCUUCUUUUUCAAGAUCAGUGCCUCAAGAUAUGCAAUCCAUGAGUAGCUGCUCAGGGCAGCCUAGUUUUCUAGCUAAAUUUGUAGACAAAAUGUCGAAAGAAGAUCAAGAAAGAGCUGACGAGACAUUAGCUCGAGCUAUAUUUGCAAGCAGAAUACCUCUUUCCAUAACGGAAAAUCAAUACUGGAAGGAGCAUUACAAACUAAUUCGCCCAUCUUAUAAGUUACCAUCACGUUAUCGCCUAUCACAUUCUCUUUUAGACAGAGAGUACAACAGAGUCCAAACAAUGGCUGUUCAGAGGAUCAGUCAAACAGAGGCACUGACGCUGAUAUCAACUGGGUGGACUAAUAUACAAGGAAAGUCUUUACUGAGCAUUAUGUUUGCCAUGCCUGAACCAGUAUUUCUCAAAGCAAUUCCUACCACAUCUUCUCAUCAUACCACUGAAUGUAUAGCAAACUUACUGACUGAAGAGAUUGAAAGUGCAGGUCCACAAAGGGUACAAGCCCUAGUGACUGAUAAUGCAAGUAGCAUGAAAACUGCCUGGCAAAUAUUAAAAGGAAAGUACCCUCAUUUAAUAAUAUUUGGCUGUCUUGCUUCUGAGUUAAAUCUUCUAGCAAAGGACAUAGUAAGUGUGAGCACAAUGAAAACAGUGCUAGCAAACUGCAAAGCAAUUGUGAAAGCAUUCAGAAAUCAUCAUGAGGUUAAUCAAGCUUUGAAAAGAUUACAGAAAGAGAAACAGGGAAGGGAAAAAGCAUUUUUAUUGCCAUCAGAAACUAGAUGGGACUCGGUCAUAAAGUGUUUAGACAGUUUGCUGCAUGCUAAGAACUGUUUGCAGUGUACUUCACUAGAAGGUGCAGUCUCCCAGAUUAUUUUUGCAAACACCUGUGAUCACACUGAUAACAAUAUGUUUUGGGUUCAAGUUGAAGGAAUAUUCAAUUUGCUACUACCAAUUUCAGAGGCUAUCCAGAAACUUGAAGGAGAGAAAACAACUCUUUCAAAUAUUCCAGCCAUAUUCAGGAAACUGAAUGAAAACCUAACUGAACUUUUGCCUUCUUCACCUCUUUCCAAAGAAGAAGUCACACUAGUAAAGCAAGCAUUUCAUAACAGAUCUGAGCAUUGUUUUCAUCCAGUUCACCUGGCAGCCAAUCUACUAGAUCCUAGACACUGUGGAGAACAUUUAUCUGAAAAUGAAUUAUCAACUGCUCUUGAUACAAUCAUGGAAUUAGCUAAGAACAUCCCAAACAUUGAUGAAAUAACUGUGAUGACGGACAUUGCAGAAUAUCGUGCAAAAGAAAAGCUUUGGAGCCAGGACAUCAUUUGGCGGGCAUCAGAGAAUGUCUCCCCUCUCACAUGGUGGAAGGGAUAUUGCAACACCAGACAACUGUCCAGGGUUGCCAUAAGGAUCCUAAGCAUUCCACCCACUGCCGCUUCCUGUCAAAAGAACUGGAAGGCAUUCAACUCAAUCAAUGCAAAGAAGAGGAACAGGCUAACAAAUGAACGUACCGCCAAGCUUAUUUCUGUGUCUCAAAAUCUCUCAUUAUUGCAAGAGAAUCAGUCACAUGUGCAACUCAUGAAAAGGAUGAAGUAUGAUCUGCUGUUCCAAGACUCAUUGCAGGCAGAAUCAAUGUUCAGGGAAAUAGAAUGUGGCUCAGGCAGUUCUGAAUCAGAUUCACCACUAUCUGGACUAGAACUUGCAAGUAGUGUAGGGACUUUUACAGACAGCGAAAUGGAAGAUACUGCUCAGUGAAAGUUAAACUUUGUUGAAAUAAAUCAGUGGGCAAGAGUGGCUUAUCAUAUUUAGACAUGAAAAAUUUGGUAUAUCAAUGGCUCUCAGUGUAUUUACCCUCCCCUUACAGUUUCAACAAUGUUAGGAAAAUGCAUUCUAUGUGUUCGUAAUGUCUUAAAGUAUUUACAUAUAUUCUAAUCAAAAUAGUAGCCAAGUUAAGCUUUGAGUGAUUUUUUAAAAUAUAAAUAAAUACUCUUCACUGAUAUUUUGUUUCCUAAUGGCAUAAUUCAGUUCAACUGAUUUCACACAAAAUGUAAAAAUAUUAUGAUGUAACUUUUAAAGUUUUGUUUAUUAAAAAUAAAAUCCAAAUCAGCAUGUCAAAUUGGAUCACAAAUAACUAAGGGCAUGAGGAAAAGUUCAGAUUCAAACAGUUCCAGAAAUCCCAGAUGACUGAAUUAAUGCAGAGAACUGUCUUGAGUUCUAUUUAGAAUUUCUUCCAUUCUUACCCUAUAACCCAAAUCAAGCAAUGUCUGUAGCUGUAACUAUCUGCAGUGCAUUCAUAUAUGUGUCUACUCAGAAGUAGAAUCCCAAGGGGUUCAGUGGAAGUUACCCAGUAUAGGAAUACAGGGCUUAAUCACAGAUAUUUUGCCAAUAUUCCAGCUGGUUUUCUCCCUGCUCCCACUACCCCCAAUUAAGUAGGUCAGGGUUUUACCAAGAAGGCAAGAAGAGUCCAGAACAACCAAUAACAAAAGAACUGAAGGUUGCUAGAACAAAAUACUUUGUGCAAAACCCUCCAACUCCUAAGGAGAAAGCAGAAGGGAUGAGAAAAGCAGGUGAAUUUUUAAAGGUUAUCCCCACAGCAACAGAAACCCUUUCAGUGAGUCACCGAAAGUCACUCAGUUUGAAUUAAGAACUUAGCUUUCCAAUGUAAGUGAAAUAUCUGUUUAAUGAAGGUAAAGGGGGUGGAAAGGCUCAGUCAAGGAGAUCUCAAGGUAAGGAAAUAUGAAUCAAUUUAAACUACAGUACAGGAAAAUAAUGUGACUACCAUAAGAUUAGUGCCUGACGAACAAUGGCAUUAUUACCUUAAUUUACCUUGCUAUUCAUCACUGUUUCUUGAAUAAAAUAUUCUUGCUAUGAGUUGCCAAAACAACACCUGGCAGGAACAAGAUGGUAGUAUUGGCUGACUUCAGCAUGCCCCAAGGCUUCCAAGGAAAAUAUCCUUAGAGAAAGAAACUUAAUGUGAUUCCACAUUGAUUCUCCCAGUAAGUGUAAGAAGUCACAUUAUACUGGGAAGAAGAGGAUAAAUCAAAGCAGCUGAAGAAUAAGCCCCUUUGCAGCCCAUUCCUUCCAGAGUUUUGUGUACAUUUGUUGUUUUCACAUGAUGAUUCUGCCCCACUUCCAUCAAGCAAAGCCAACAAUUUGACAGAGGUCUCUUGCUGCCAAAGAAAUCAGUAUCACAAAAGCAUCAUCUUUUCAGUUCAGGUUCUGCUGCUUCUUGAUUGUAUCUGAAACAGCUUCAUCCAUUUCUCAAAUUCAUUAACUUCCUCUGGGAGAGACCUGCCUCAUUUUUCUGCACAGUAAGUGUGCAUUAUCCAGUUUUUCAGAUAGGGACUGCUGUGAUAGAAACAUUUCCUCCUGUACAGAUGCCAGUACAAUGAUGGAUGAUUCCAUGGCUUGAGGCUGCAAGUAUCUCCUGAACUACACCAUUAUUUCAGGGUUGACAGAAGAACUUGCCACUAACUUUAUUUUUGUUUAAUCCUGAAAUAUUGAAUUCAGAACAAUCCAGUUUACCAGAAUAAGAGGUGAUAUUACCCAUAAAAAUAGUUGCAUGGAGCUGCCCAUACACAUGUUGACAAGCACUCACUUCUAAAAUCACCUUCAGAGUAUCAAAGAAUUUAAGCAUCAGUAAGAAGCUAUAUAGAUUUUUCUCUUAUAAAAUUAUAGAACUACCAGUAUCCCUUUCAUCUACAUUUUUCAUUAAUGCAGUGGUGGGCAAUUGAAACUGUCUGCAGAACUAGAUGCUCCCGCCCCCAUGGUGCUCCUUUGCAAGCUGGGUGACAUCAACAAAAUGACACAAUGUCUCUAAUGUCAUGUGGUCCCUUCCCAGGCACAUCAGAGUCAUGCUCCUCCCCGCAGCAUGUGUGUUGAGAACCAACUUUGCUGUGUGCAAAGCUCCUUCCAUAGGAACAGGCCCAUGUGCAGCAAAGCCACCUUCCCUGCUCGUUUUCUUCUACUGUUGUGAAGAUACAAGGCAGGUGAAUUUGUUCAGCUUGGCUUAACUUGUCCUUCCCCUUCCCUGUGAAGAGUAGGUGAAGGACAAACAAAGUCAACUCAUCUGGCACCUGUAGGAGCUCCCAAAAGUGUCAGCCAAGUGCAUACCUAACACUCCCUCAAAGAAAUCUCUUUAUCUCUUACUGCAGAUCAAAGAUUAGAGGAUUCUUUUUCCCAAAGCCCCUGCUAGGCCAGAGGAUGGUGCCUGGGGAAGGGGCAAGUUUGUUCCACAAGCUGAGCAGGCAACUUCCACAGGCUAGAUUAGGACUGCAAGCCAGAGGUUACCCACCCAUACUCAUUUUUUAAUGUCAGUUUGAAAAACUGGAGAAAACUUGAAGAAAUGUAAGGAGAUCUUAAAAGUGCAGUGUUGACUGCAAUAAUUUAACAAUGAAAAGGUCUUACCAAGAAAAAAAAUCAGAUCUGGAAAGGCUGAAAAUUAGCUGAAAACCUGGGAAUGGUCAAUCCUACUGCAUAUGGUCAGGUCUGGUAUAUUACCAUCAUAUUUGUUCAGAUCUGCUGGCUAGCCUAAGUUUAAUACAAGCCAUACACAAAUACUACAGAUAAUUUUGUACUGGAUGGAAUGAAAAUAGAGAACACAUAAAAGAGUGGAACCUAUACCUCUGGGUGAAUAACUUGCGCUUGACUUUAAUAGAAAUGGACUGCCCUUCAGACCCUAAAGCGGGGGUUCUGCUAACAGUGAUGCUCUUGAUACCAAGACCAACCACCUGCAUGACUGCUAGUUAAGAAAAAGUGCACACACGCUGCAUUCAAUGCACUCCAAAUAUACUGUAUACCAUUUUUUAAGGGAAUGAAUGGUGACAUCAAAGUUCACAUAGCCCAUGUAAGGUGAGGCAGCAAGUCAGCUAAUAUUUCAUUUCUUGAUUGAAAUGAAAUGCUAAGGUAGCCAAACUAGGGCUACAACAGUAGUCAUUGUGCAAUAUGGGCUCAUCUUUCAUUUCAAUCUGAAAAUCUACUUUAAUCCUACUAGACCUGCAUCAUUCUCUUAUAAACAUAAUUAUUCCUUCAUCUCUACACCCAAAAUAAUUCCCCUUAAAUAUUUUUAAGGGAAAAAUAUUUAAGGAAAAAAUACUCACCUCUCAAAAAAUCAACAAAGAAAACUUGGAGUACAUUCUUAAGCAAAGUGCAAUGUAAAUUUCAAAGGAGUAUGGUCAUUUCACAAUUUUUAACAUUGUCCCCAAGUCAGUCUUAUUCUUAUUCUUAUUCAUUUCUAUACCACCCCACAUUUGGAGAUCAAAAUGUCAACCGGCUCUGCAAGAAACACAAGCUCCAAGUAGUGAACACAAGCACAGACAUGUAAACUUCCUACAUGGCAAAUAUUUUACAAUCUGCAGUGGGUUGUCCUGUCAAGCCCUGGACAAAAAAAAAAAGAAUCCAAAGCAAACAAGAAGACACUCACAAAGAAGGAAUGACCCUAAACAGAAUAUGUUUCCUCUAGCUAUAGCAACAAUAGCAUCCUUUUAUACAAGGCUUUUCAUUCAAAUUACUGUCCCUAUUAACAAACAGAAAUAUUUUACCUUAACCAACAUAAUUUAGAUGAACUUUGAAAAUCCAACAUGACUCUUCAAGAAUCAGUUCCUCAUACCUAGAGGGAAAAUGUUUCAUUUAAGUUGCCGGGUGCCUUCUGCUUUGCUUUUAGAUGUUUCUUUUGCUCAGGCUUAAAACCUGCAAGCCCUAACAUGCCCCAAGCAGAAAUCACUGGCAUAUCCAAACACAGUUUGCUUCCUUCAGCCUCCCCACUCCUCCAGUAUAUUUGCUAAUAUUCUGGUUAGCAAAAUUGUGUAAGAUGCCCUUGGAAGUCAGCUGCCUACAAAUUGGUCUGUGUUCCUUUCAACAUAUUGAUUAGCAAGUUUUUUUUUCUAAAAAUGUUCCAAACUCGUAUCAAAUAUUCAAUAUAUUCUGCAAGGUGUUAAUGAAAAUUAAAGGUUCAACUGAGAAGACAUUUGAAGGGGAAAGGCAAAACAUUGGCUUUGGUUAAAAAAUCUAAGGAGAAGCAGCUUACACUAGGGGAGCGGAUUUCUGCACCCCCCACACCUGCUCUGAAGCUUUUCCAAACUGUUUGGAGUUAUUUCUUUUAAAAUGGAAUGAAGAUGGGGAAUAAACCUGUGACAGCCCUCCCCAUGUACAAGAAAAUAAGAGCUUUUCUUACUCAUGCAGCCAAAAUUAACACAUGCUCUAAAAUUACAUUUCCUUGAGUUAACUGCCGCUUUAGCACAGUUCUAGCUUAAGAGCAAAAACUGAAUGCCCCAGAGGAGGAACAUACUAAAUGUGGCAUGCUCAUUUGGUAUAUUUAAACUUGGUGACAGAAACGUUGGUGGAUCUAAUCUUUGCUGACAUGCAGAAGUGUGUAACUGUUUCUAUGCAGUUGCCUUUACAGUGGUACCUCGGCUCACGAACGCCUUGGUUCAUGA